AUGGCCAAAGAAAGUGACGCCCCUGCGGACCCCUUCACGCCUAGAAGGCCGCAAGAACAACCCCAUCGUCCUAUGUCACACCAUCCUGAGUUCGGAAAGCCAUCUCCUAUUCGCCCAGUGCAUCAUCAGAGUCACCACUCUAGCAACCCCUUCAACAUCCCCAAACCGAACCACCAACGUCCGGAGCACCACAGACAACAGCCUCGGCCUCAAAAUCCUGCCCACAAUGGUGCCCCGCAAUACCGUCCCCCCACUACUCCGGGACCUAAUAACUUCUCAACCCCCAGAAGGGAAGGGUUUGACCCAUUCAAGCCCGUUAGACCGUCCGCGUACAACAACAACCGCUUCUCCCGCCCGGUCGACAGUGGAGCUGUUGAGAUUCGACGCCCAGAGAACUUCACGUUCAAUACACCCCGUGCCCCUAAGACAUUCUUCGCCUCGAAGCCCUCUGCCGUUAAGAUGACGAACGCAUCGAAGAACCUGAGGAACUUUGUCGACUUGACUGGUGAGGGUGGUUUUACGCCAAGUGCGCGAUCUCGAGGCCCGGGAUUUGGCUCUAUGGAUGUCAACGGUUAUGUGGAUACGGCCAAGGCGAAUGAGAAUAUCAAGGCUCUGUUGGAGGGUGCUUUUGAGGAUGAAGAGGAGAAGGAACCCAAGUCGAAGAGCAAGAAGAAGAAGGACAAGAAGAAUAAGAAGAAGAAGAACAAGGAAAAGAAGCAAGAGAAGUCCGAGAAGAAGUCCCAGGAGAAGGAGUCGGACGCCGACAUUGAUGAUCUUGCUGCCCAGUUGGGAACUGUAACUGUACAGGAAUCCAAUACUGCGGAUGAGAGCACUGAUGAAUCGGAAACCGAGUCCAACAAGUCCCCUGUAAAGCAGAAGGUCAAGGAAGUCGUGGAAGUCAAGGAGGUGGCAGGGAAAGAUGUUAGUGAAGUUGAAUCGGAGAAUGAGGAAGAUGACGAUGAAGAGGAAGAAGAAGAGGAGGAAGAGGAAGAUGAUGGGACAGUGGAAGGCUUGAAGGUCAAGUUACUGCCUCAUCAGCGGGAAGGAGUCAAUUGGAUGUGCGACAAAGAGACUGGCCGGAAGAAGACCAAGGGAGUGCUUCCCAAGGGUGGAAUAUUGGCAGACGACAUGGGUCUCGGUAAAACUGUUCAAGCUAUUGCUCUGAUGCUAUCCAACAGAAAGCCCGCCGAUGGUCUCAGGCGGCCCUUGGCUGAUGACGAGGACGAUGAUGCGAGCAGUGACGAUGAAGAAGAGAAAGAAAACCGCAAACUACCGGCUGGACUGAGCAAGACGACUCUGGUCGUCGCUCCCCUAGCCCUGAUCAAGCAGUGGGAGUCUGAGAUCAGCGAUAAGGUUGAACACUCGCACAGAAUGCGGGUUCUGGUAUACCACGGAAACGCACGGACUAAGGGCACGGAUAAGCUUGAGGAUUAUGAUGUGGUUAUUACCACGUAUGGUACCUUGACCUCGGAGCAUGGUGCUAAGGAUAAGAACAACAAGAAAUCUCCCAUCUUCUCUGUCUACUGGUACCGGAUCAUUCUGGACGAAGCCCACACAAUCAAGAACCGCAACGCGAAAGCAACACAAGCUGCCUACUCUUUGGAUGCAGAGUACCGCUGGUGCCUUUCGGGAACGCCAAUGCAGAACAACCUUGACGAACUGCAGAGCUUGAUCAAAUUCCUACGUAUCAAGCCGUUCAAUGACCUGGCGGCAUGGAAAGAGCAAAUUAUGAAGCCAAUAGCGAACGGCCGUGGAGGUCUAGCCAUUGAGCGUUUGCAGAUCUAUCUCAAGAUCUUCAUGAAGCGGCGCACGAAGGAUAUUCUGAAGCAGAAUGACAACCUCAAGCCUGGCAAGGAUGGGGAGAAGAAGUCAUCUGGCUUCCACAUCGUCAAGCGAGAGGUUAUCAAGGUCGAAGCGGACUUUAUGCCUGGUGAGAUGAACUUCUACCAGCGCCUAGAGCAGAGAACAGAAAACAGUCUCGAGAAGAUGAUGGGCGGUGAGAAGGUUGACUAUGCUGGCGCUUUGGUGUUGCUGUUGCGUCUUCGGCAAUCUUGCAAUCACCCCGACCUUGUUAAGAGCGACCUUGCUCAGGAUAAGGACGUUCUCCUGCAAAACGGACAGUCCGGCAGCCAGAAACCCGCCAAAAAUGAUGAGCUGGACAGCAUGGCAGACCUUUUUGGGGCACUGAGUGUUGUGUCCAAGAAGUGUGAUAUAUGCCAAAUGGAUUUGAAGAAAGAGGAGGCAUCUGGCGGUAAUAGCAGGUGUAAAGAGUGCGAGGUCGCGUUGAAUGCCGACCUGACUAAUACCGGCAAGAAGAAGAAGAGCGGUCGGAGGUCGAUUAUUGAUCUAACAGAAUCACCAUCGGCCCACCGCGGAGAGCCGCAGGUCAUCCGGCGGAGAAACAGACGAGUAGUACUAGACAGCGAUGAUGAAGAUGAGGACGAUGGCGAGUGGCUUGUUCCAGAAGAUCAGCGCGGAAAGUCGAGCCUUGGAACAGCUGGAGGCACCGAUGAUGAAGACGCAGAAGGCGGUGGUGAAUGGCUGAACUCGGACGAUUCUGACAGUGACGACGAUGGGCCUGAGUCUCCCUCUCGCAAGCCAACGGGCAUCAGUCGCCGUAGCCCCGAGGUGGAGUCUGACGAUGACGACAUUUAUGCCGGAGACGAUGAUAACAAGAUCUUGCCUUCGACGAAAAUCCGACGCCUUAUGAAGAUUCUCAGGCGCGAGUCGUCAGACCACAAGUUCAUCGUCUUCUCGGUCUUCACCUCCAUGCUUGAUAAGAUCGAGCCAUUCCUGAAGCGCACCGGAAUUGGAUACGCACGAUAUGACGGAGGCAUGCGGAACGACCAUAGAGAAGCCAGUCUCAACAAGCUGCGGAAUAAUAGUGGCACUAGGGUUCUCCUCUGCAGUUUACGCGCUGGUGCAUUGGGACUGAACCUGACUGCCGCAAGUCGUGUGGUUAUUCUAGAGCCCUUCUGGAAUCCUUUCGUUGAAGAGCAGGCCAUUGACCGAGUCCAUCGUCUGAAUCAGACAGUAGACGUCAAGAUCUACAAGAUGAUCAUCAAGGGUACCGUGGAGGAACGAAUUAUCGAUCUGCAAGAUCGCAAGCGCGAGCUGGCCAACGUGACCAUAGAAGGCAAGACCGCAGCGGCCAAGCUGACGAUGAAGGAUAUGAUGGCUCUAUUUGGCAAGGACGCCGAAGCGCGUUACAACGGCGACCCCGAUCUCGACCUGAACCAGACAACGAAACUGUUGAAUUCUGGCGCUGACAGCGUCUCGGGCUCAACAUACGCCAGUGAGACGCAGACCUCUGGCUCUCGUGAUCGAAGCCGUCAACAGGCGAAACGUAAUUCUCGCGGUGAAGACUCGGUGUAUGGUAGACGGUGGUAG